AUGAGCCGAUACGGGUUUGGGAUUGAGGGGUUGGCCCGCCCGUCCAGGGCUCCACCACGAAGGUCCUUCAGGAGCGAAGUGAGGAGGGGGUCUGAAGGGCUUAAGUCACUGGGGCGGUCACUCCGCCAUGGUGUCACCCGGGCGGUCUUCCCUGAGGACCUCAAGGGGUCAGAGAAGAAGGUGUUUGACCCUCAGGACAAGUUCCUGCAACGGUGGAACAGGCUCUUUGUGAUCUCGUGCAUACUUGCAGUCUCGGUGGAUCCGCUCUUCUUCUACCUUCCGUUCGUCAACAAGGAGCAGUACUGCGUCGGGAUUGAUCGGAAGCUGGCCAUCACAGCCACAACAAUCCGCACCCUCAUUGAUGCCUUCUACCUCAUCCGCAUCCAUCUCCAGUUCAAGACAGCCUACAUCGCCCCGUCCUCACGUGUCUUUGGUAGAGGGGAGCUUGUGAUCGACCAUGCCCAGAUUGCCCGACGGUACCUCAAGUGGCGCUUCAUCGUGGACCUCCUGGCGGUGCUGCCCCUCCCCCAGGUGCCACUCCUCACAACAUUUCCCUUCCUUCCUUCCUCCCAUUGACUUUAUAUUCACAGAUCUAUCAUCUUGCCCAAGUGCAGAUUGUCAUCUGGAGGUUCAUUCAAAGAUCCCAGGGUUCAGAUGUGCUGACCACAAAGGACGCGCUGUUCUACAUUGUCCUGAUCCAGUAUAUCCCCAGGUUCUUUCGUAUUAUCCGUCUCACGUCGGAGCUGAAGAGAACCUCUGGCGUCUUUGCUGAGACCACCUGGGCUGGUGCGUCGUACUAUCUCCUGUGGUACAUGCUCGCCAGCCACGUAAGACCCUGCACUUGGUGUGUCAGCAUCGUGCUCUUUAGGCAAAUUUGGGCGUUGGGUGUGCUGACAAGGGUUGGAUGACCAUGUGGCAGAUUGUGGGUGCAUUCUGGUACCUGCUGGCAUUGGAGCGAGAGGAAGCAUGCUGGCAUGAGGCAUGCAGUCCUACCUCUGCUUGCAAUGCGACCUUCCUGUACUGCAUGAAUCGGGGGGCACAGAGCCAAGCGAGCUGGAGCCUCACUGGGCAGCAGAUCCUUGACAGUUACUGCAAUGCCACUGAUGACAACCCAAAGUUCGACUUUGGGAUUUACACGCAGGCGCUCACAUCUGGAGUUGUCGCGUCGAAGUUCGUCUCUAAGUACUGCUACUGCCUGUGGUGGGGGUUGCAGAACCUCAGGUGAGACCUCCUUCCAGGCAGGGGAAUAGCAGAGCUCCUAACGGCCUUUUUCCUUGCAAGUCGGUCAUCAUGGUGCACUGGUUUGUCUCUGUUUUUCUGCAGCACCCUCGGGCAAGGGCUCCAGACGAGCACUUACCCUGGAGAGGUCAUCUUCUCCAUCACGCUCGCCAUAGUUGGUCUCAUUCUGUUCGCCCUCCUCAUCGGCAACAUGCAGGUGAUUCUUGUACCCACCAGCAUGCCACACAGGCCCUGCUGCUCUCGUAAUCAUGCUCUGUUCUUGCUUUUCCUGCGGUCGCAGACGUACCUGCAGUCGCUGACGAUACGUCUGGAGGAGAUGCGGGUGAAGAGGCGGGACUCGGAGCAGUGGAUGCACCACCGGAUGCUCCCCCCCGAGCUCAGGGAACGCGUGAGGCGCUACGACCAGUACAAAUGGCUGGAGACGCGAGGGGUGGACGAAGAGAGCCUGGUGCAGAGCCUCCCCAAGGACCUCAGGAGGGACAUCAAGCGCCAUCUCUGCCUCGCCCUGGUCAGAAGGGUGAGUCGAAUUCCAUUCCAUUGAUAUCAGUCCAUUGCAGAAGCAGGUGCUUGCCCUGAUGGAGCGAGCCCUCCUUGCUUCUUGGACAAUAGGUGCCCCUCUUCGAGAACAUGGACGAGAGGUUGUUGGAUGCCAUCUGCGAGCGCCUCAAGCCCAGCCUGUACACGGAGGAUACUUACAUCGUGAGGGAGGGAGACCCAGUCGAUGAGAUGCUCUUCAUCAUCCGUGGCCGCCUCGAGAGUAUGACCACCGACGGGGGGCGGAGCGGAUUCUUCAACCAGAGCGUCCUGAAGGAGCGCGACUUCUGCGGUGAGGAGCUGUUGACUUGGGCGCUAGACCCCAAGUCCGGAUCAAACCUUCCCUCCUCGACCAGAACGGUCCGGGCCGUGACCGAGGUCGAAGCCUUCGCCCUGAUCGCCGAGGAACUGAAGUUUGUGGCGAGCCAAUUCCGGCGACUGCACAGCCGCCAAGUCCAGCACACAUUUCGGUUCCACUCUCAGCAGUGGCGGACAUGGGCGGCCCGCUUCAUCCAGGCGGCGUGGCGGCGCUACAUGAAGAGGAAGGCUGCAGAGCUCCAGCGCAAGGAGGGCCUCGAGAUUGCAGAGAGUGCUUCCUCUGGCUCGUCCAGUCUUGGCACCACCAUCUACGUGUCAAGGUUCGCAGCCAAUGCCCUCCGUAGCGUUCACAGGUUUCGCAACAAGACUCCCAGAGUGCUGGGGCUCCAGAAGCCGCCCGAGCCGGAUUUCAUGGCAGAUGUGACCGAUCAGUAG